GCCGGCCGUAGAGGAUUAUGGGCCCGCGCAGGAAGUAGCGGGGAGGGACGCCGCUCUAUUCCCACCUUCCCGGCUCGUUUCGGGUCGCCAUUUUUUACUCCGGGAAGCGCGUGGAUCUCGUGUCGUUUCGUAUCGCGUAAUUUUACGGAAAUACUGACUUGGUUCUCAAACGGGCCGAAAUGCCGGGUUUUAGUAGCGUGGGCACGUUCAAAAUCUUCAUCGGUAACUUGGCCGACAAGACAGCAAACGGCGACAUCAAGCCGCUAUUUGAAAAGUACGGGAAGGUCGUUGAGUGCGAUGUUGUCAAGAAUUACGGGUUCGUGCACAUGGAAAAUGAGGAAGCAGGUAGAAAUGCAAUUCAGAAUUUGAGUGGGCAAAUGGUACAUGGCCAGCCAAUAAAAUGUGAGGCUGCUAAAAGUCGUAAAGGCCCAAAUACUCCAACCACGAAGAUCUUUGUCGGUAACCUCACAGACAACACGAAAGCACCCCAGGUUCGUGAGCUGUUUGCGAAGUUUGGUACGGUGGUUGAAUGUGACAUUGUGCGAAACUAUGGAUUUGUUCACCUGGAAGCAACCGGGGAUAUAAAUGAUGCCAUCAAGGAACUCAACGGACAAAUGGUAGAUGGUCAACCAAUGAAAGUCCAAGUCUCGACAAGCAGGGUACGGCAAAGGCCGGGUAUGGGUGACCCUGAGCAAUGCUAUCGCUGUGGACGUGGUGGUCAUUGGUCCAAGGAAUGUCCCAAAGGUGGAAUGGGUGGCGGGCCGGAUAGAAAUGGCUUUAGGGAUCGAAUGUUUGGACGUGAUCCUUACCCACCACCCCCACCACCACCUUUUCUCCGCGAUAGACUCAUGGGAGGUGGUCGCUUUGGUGAUUACGAAAGCUACUACGACAGGCGAGGAUUCGACGACUCAAGAGACCUUUACGAGAGAAGAUUCUCUGGUAUGGGAGGUCCUCGUGACAUGGGAAGCUCCAUGCGCGGGCGUGACUUUCCAAUGCCGCCACUUCCACCAAGACGAGAUCCCAUGCCGCCAAUGCCUCCUAUAGGUAUGGGAUCUAUGCGAGACAGUGGAUUCUCUCGUGGCAAUGACUAUGGCAUGUUCAGCCGACGAUCACCUCCACCAAGUGGCAACAACGGCCGGUUCAGUAGAGGCAUGUACGAGGACUUCAGCCGAGACUCGUUCGACGACCGUAGGGAAGGCCUUCUCUUGGGCAUGGGCAACCCCCUGCUCGAUAUAUCUGCAACUGUCGAUGAAGAUUUUCUCAAGAAAUAUGAUUUGAAAGCAAAUGAUGCUAUUCUCGCUGAUGAAAAACAUAAGACCUUGUACGAUGAACUGAUCGAGCAAUAUAGGGCUGACUUCAUUGCUGGAGGCUCCACGCAAAAUUCCAUGCGAGUAGCACAAUGGUUCCUUGAAAAGCCAAAAGUUGCUUCACUUAUGGGAUGUGUUGGAAAUGAUAAAUAUGCCAAAAUAUUGGAGGAUAAGGCACGUGCAGAUGGAUUGAAAGUACAUUACCAAUAUACAGACAAAGAACCGACUGGUACUUGCGCUGUACUAAUCACAGGUAGAGAAAGAUCCUUAUGCGCAAAUUUAGCUGCGGCAAAUUGUUUUUCUACGUCACAUAUACACGUACCUGAAAAUAAAGAAUUGAUAGAUGCCGCCGAAUUCAUUUAUAUUUCGGGAUUUUUUUUAACUGUGAGCCCCGAAACGAUACUAGAAGUUGCAGCCCAUGCUCUUGAUAAGAAUAAAAUGUUUCUCAUGAAUUUAAGUGCACCUUUCUUGUCCGAGUUGUUUAAAAAGCCAAUGAGAGCAGCCUUGCCCUACGUUGACGUUCUAUUUGGAAACGAAACAGAAGCAGAAACAUUUGCAACUGUAAACGAAUUAGGAACAAAGGACAUUAAAGAAAUUGCGUUGGAAAUUGUAAAAUUGGAAAAGAUUAACGAUAAAAGAAAACGCAUCGUUAUUUUAACUCAAGGUCAUGGACCUGUUAUUUUAGCCAAGGAUAAUACGAUAACCGAAUUUCCUGUUGAUCAAAUACCUGAAGAAAAAGUUGUUGAUACUAACGGAGCUGGGGAUGCAUUUGUCGGAGGAUUUCUGUCUCAGUUAAUCCAGGAAAAAAGUUUAGAAACUUGUAUCAAAUGUGGUAUUUGGGCAGCAGCGCAAAUCAUACAGCGGUCCGGAUGUACUUACGAAGGCAAGCCUGAUUUUACACCUUGACAAAUAAUUAUUUUUUAUUUAGUGCAAUAUUGUUGUAUAUAAUAUAAUGUGUAAUGUACUUAAAUAAAUGCUGUACAAUUGAUUUUA